GAAAUUCCAAGCAACAUGCCCGUUGUCCGUGGAACGAACUGUGACUUGGAAUACUUUGUCUCGGGAAAGAAAACCCUCGCCGAUGGGGCCGUCGCACCGGUAAUAACGUUCAUUCACGGAGCGGGGGGCAAUGCGCUCUCCUGGUGGCGCACCACGCCGCACUUUGUCUGCAGUAGCGUCCCCGGUGGCGCCGUCACGCCGGAAAGUGGGCAGCAAACGUAUUUAGUUGAUGAUGAUAUUUCAUCGGCGGCUGUUCUUUCCAUUUUCGAUUUUGUGCAUUGAUCUUUUUCAAUCUCUGUCAACGCAGUGUGUGAGGGAGACAAGCAACGCUAAUCGCGGACCUUCCUAUUAUCACCCAGAUACUACACCAUCUCUGUCUCCAUCCGCGGGUGGGGUGCGUCACGCCUGGACGGCGAGGGCGACGCGAUUCUGGAGAAUUUCAAGCCCCAGCACUACGCCGAUGACCUCCUUGCUAUCCUUGAUGCAGAGAACGUCGGCCAAACCGCCAUCGUGGCACAUUCGUACGGGGGUUUCGUCGGCGUGUUGGCCACCUUUGCCGCCCCGGAAAGGAUAACGUCCUUGGUCCUGGUUUCUACCGCUCUUGGUUUGAAGUUUUCGGACGAAACAGAAUGGAAAUGGUUCGUCGAUUACUUUACGUCGCAGUGCAAAACCAUAGGCAGCUUCACCGAUUUCGACGCCGAUAGGACGCUGGCGGACGUGAAGGAGCGGUUGCUGCUGGUGGAGGAGAAUGAAGAGGAGGAGAACGCGGAAAACAAGGCGGAGUCCAUAUCCUGAGUAAAAACGUACCCACACCAGAGUUGUCAUGCAAAUCUGCAGGCUUAAAAUGUUUCUCAUGCGGAGCCCCAUGAGAAGCAUUUUCUAAUGGUGUUUUGAAAUUUGUCAUGCUCCAAUCAGCAUGAGAGACUAGAUCUGUAAUGCUGCUGAACUAGCUCAAACAGCACUACACUACGCGUCCGAAUUUGUCAUGCGAAACAGCCAAAGCUUGUGGAUUUGUCUAGCCGAUUCCCCAUCUUGACUAUGGGGUGGGUACGUUUUUACAUAGGAUAGUCCAAGGUUUCCUGCGACACGGGCUCUUCGGAUUCCUAUCAAAUGUAAAAAUGUCUGGGUCUGGAAGAGUGCAAACUUGUGAUGCGCAUUUCAGAACACAGAAAAAUCUCCCAUGCAUAGGCAGCAAAAGUUCCCACUUUCUGUCACCAGAGUCAGGGAUUUGUCAUGCGGAUUCGGCAUUGCGGAGGCUUCUCGAAAUCUGUGAUGCUAGAGCUUCCAUGCCAGACCUUCUGUGUCAUGCAGAAGCAGCAUGACUCUUCCAGACCCAGACACUUUUACAUUUGAUAAUUCCACUGCGGAAACCAUGCCCGCCGAGCCUCCCCCGCGCCGCCGCCGCCGCCCGGGGAACAAAUUUGCGGCCGUUUGCAGUCAGUACCGGUCGGCGCCGCGGGAUGCGCGCAUGGCGGAGGGGGUCCGGAUGUGGAUCAAGAAAGAUCCGGAAAUGAUGCAUUUCCGCAUGCUGCUAUCCGCAGCAAGCGCGCAGAUCGAUGUGAUGGAAGUUCUGAAGCCGCCGAAAACUUUGGAUCUGCUGAUGGGUCCGGUCUUCGAAAACUCCAUACCUGUCGACGAUUUUCGGGCAAGGAUAAAUUCGGUGUUAUUGACCGAGCCGGUAAGGAUACACGUAAUCUGCGCCGAGGACGACACGGUGUUGCCGUGGGAGUGGAGCGCCUUGCUCGCGACACGGGUGGGCGCGGAAAGCUUGAAGGUCUUUCCGACCGGGAAGGGCGACCACUCCGUAAUGCUGUUUUCUCCCAAGGAAUUUUGCAAAGCCGUGCGGGAAGCGCUGGAAUCCUGAGGGCUUGGUUCAAUUGAGGUAUCCAGUUCCAGAUCCACGUUGUACACAGAAAUAAAUGUCGUUGGGCUUUGGCUUUUGCCUCUUCGCUUGCGAAGCAAAUAGAAACACAGAAUGACAGAGUGGUUUGGUGGACGUGCGACGUGAUGGUGCAAUUUGG